AAUCGAAGAGGUUAUUUUAUACACAAAAGUGCACGCUUUGUUGUUUUUUACAAUUUAAAUGGUUUUUGUGCGAAGAAAUACGAUCGAGUGAUUCAAGGAAUAUCAACCUUUCCCUACCAUUCAAAUAAUUGUAACAAAAAUGGGAUCUUCCGAGUUUGACGCCACUUUAGGUGGCGAUGAACAUCUGCCCUUUUCUGUGAAUAGUUUGAAAUUUGCAGCUUCCCGAAGCAUAGAAAUUGCUGCCAUGACUGAAAGUAUCCUUCGCCCCAGCAAAACGAAGUUAAUUUUCCAAUCCUUGCCUGUUCACAUGCGUCGUCGAGUCAUGAGCCAUAACGCGAAGAGAUUGCCGAGAAGGCACAGAGAGGGCCAUUUAGAACAACUGACUAAAAGUGGCUUACCUCCAAAGCAAAAACGGCCAUCCCGAAAAUACAGGAGACGACCUGGCAACUUAUUAGAGGAAUACACUAGGCGACAAAGAAAUAAUGUUUGGUUGGAAACACACAUUUGGCAUGCAAAGAGGUUUCACAUGAUAAAGCGCUGGAGCUAUAGCAUUGCAUAUGCUCCAUGUGAUAAAGCUUUUAGAGCUUGUUACAGAGCAAGCUCUGCCCAUUGUCUUUUACAGGAUAUCUCUUAUUACACACCAAUCCAAAUAACUGGACCUGUAGAAAUUUUAAAAGAAAUGUUUAGCAACAUAACAAAUAGCUCAUGUGGGCUUGGUGUAUGUGCCAAAGCUUUUGUAGAUGGUAAAAGAGAGGGUUCCAUCCAUUUAUAUGAAGCCAAGUCAUAUCCUUUUGGGUAUAUUGGUAAAGUUACCUUCAUUUGGCACAAUACUGAAUCAAACAAAUGUUUAUGGUUAUUUGUUCACCCUGCCCAAAUCAAGCAAGUGGAAUCAUUAUUUACAGAUUUGCUUUGCAAUACACAAAAUAGCAUAAAUGAAGUUCCUGAGAAAAAAAGGAAACUCACAAAUAAUUAUUCAGAAAAUAUAAAAGUGAAAUUAUUCCCUGGAACUUACAACAGGUUCCGAUUAACUGGUCCUAAAAGUCAUGCUGUACUUACUCACAGUCUAAAAUGUAUCCAAAAUCUAGAAACUAUCAAACAGAAUAAAUGGGUAUCUAAUACAAGUGAUUCUGAAUUCUCAAAUCUUAAAGAAAAAGAACAAUAUUGGCAGAAUAUUAGUUCUGUGGCUUCUCCUUCAGAAUUGUCUCAAAGAAUGAUCAUCGGGUUAGUGGUAAAAGAUCCUCGUCUCAGUAGGCCUAAAAUUCGCACAAAAGCAGUGAACAGUAUGAAAGAAAGAAAUCUUCAAUAUCUCCUAAACAUACCACCGAGUAUAUCAACAUCACAUCUAUGGAAUACAAACUUACAUGAUGUAAUAAAAAAAGAAAAAUUAUGUUGUGCCAAAUUCGUACAACAUGUGACAAAAACACGAUUAGUUCCUGGAGAAAUUAAUGAGAAUGAUCCAGUUUUACAAAGUGUACCAGUCGUUUUGGUACAGAGGCCAGGAUCACAAGAUCCGGAUUUUAAAAAGAUUGGAUAUGGAAGUGGCUGGGAUAUCAUAAUUCCACCUGGUUAUGGUCUGCCGUUCUGGCAAACAUUCAUUAUGUUUGGAGCACGGUCAGGAGGACUUCGUGAAUCUGAGCACUUAACAUUUGAAAUGGGGGAGUGCUAUUUUCCUCCUGAUUCUGAAUCUGGCAAAGAAGAGGAAGAGAGAAUAUCAGCAGAGUUAAAAGAAAAGUAUUUCAGACUACCACCCAGUAAAAGGGUCAAUUAUAUUAAACUUGCUAUUGUUUCUCCAUUUAUUUGCCCAUGGAAAAUACUUUUAACUGACUGGAGCAGUGGAUCUGUUGAAUCCUUUUAUGUAUUACGUGAUAAACAGCUCCUGUGUAACCUACAGGACUGCAUUCAGCAAAAGAAAGAAUUUCCUGCUAUCGAAAAAUCAUCAUCUUGUUUAGUGCCAAUUUAUCUGAAAAUGGUCAAUAAAGGAAACCUAAAACGAAAUGCACUGAUCUGUUUGCCAGAAAAAGAUGAUGUUUCCAAUGUUAAUUCACUAUUUGAACCGCACCAUGAGGAUCCAAAUGAAGUGUUGCGUAAAAAGAAGCGAAAGGAACACAAGGCUAAUAUUAGAAGACUGAAGAAAAAAGCUUCAAUACUAAAGAAAGGACAAUAUGGCCAGGUGAACACUACCACUACAAGGCCUAAAAACAAAGCUAAGUCAGAACCAUCUGAAUAUGUCAAAAGCAUCAGGGAGCUCUGGGUACCAUCAGAUGUAAAAUCAGUCCGCCACUCGUGUGCGCGUCAAAUCAUGGGAUACCUGACACACGGCGCAUUCAGCUUUUCUGAAUCCCAAAGUUGUGGCGUAGGUUACAUAGCAUUCAAUGCUUUAAAUGCGCUUCUCAAAACCAAACAAAAUCAGGUAUUAGUUCGAAACACUUCAUCAAGAAAGUAUAGGUUGGCCAAUAUAAAUAUUAUAAAGGUUCCAUGAAU